AAUACAGUUAAGUGCAGUAAAGUAUAGAUAAAUUUUAUUAAAUUUAAAUAAGUUCAAUUAAAUCCAAAUAAGUUAACUUCAAAUCCUAACAUAAGUUUAAUACGUUUGAAAAAUUCAAUUCAAUCCUCGUAACUUCUUAUCCUCGUCUCACAACACUCGCUACUCUACUCCGAUUCAUUUCAUUGGAAAACGAGAGAGAAAAUGUUGACAUUCCUUCACCUCAACUCUCUAAAAGCCAUUAAAAUCAACACCCAUACUCGGCGUAACUCGAUAAGACUUGGUCGGAGAUCAGUCAGGUGCGACUCGACGGUGGAGAUGUCGACGGAGAAACACCAAAUUAAGGUGAGUAACGGGGACGAUUCGGUGGAGAUAUGCCGAGUUUUGAACGGAAUGUGGCAAACAAGUGGUAGAUGGGGACGUAUCGACCGAGAUAACGUCGUUGAAUCCAUGCUCCGCUAUUCUGAUGCUGGGCUUUCCACCUUCGACAUGGCUGAUCACUAUGGACCUGCUGAAGAUCUUUAUGGAAUUUUUAUUAAUCGAGUCCGUCGUGAGCGCCCACCUGAUGUUUUAGAAAAAGUCAGAGGUCUCACAAAAUGGGUUCCCUCACCAGUUAAAAUGACGAGGAGUUUUGUAGAAAGCAAUAUUAAUGUUUCAAGGAAAAGAAUGGAUGUUUCUUGCUUGGGUAUGCUACAGUUCCACUGGUGGGACUAUGCCAAUUCUUGGUGUCUAGAUGCAUUGAAACAUCUUGCAGAUCUUAAAGAUGAAGGUUAUUUCCCUUUUAGAAAAACUAAAAUUGUGGCUCUUACAAAUUUUCAUACGGAGAGAUUGCGAAUAAUUCUUGAAAAUGAGAUUUCCGUUGUUAGCAACCAGGUGCAACAUUCGAUUAUUAACAUGCGUCCUCAACAGAAAAUGGCAGAGUUUUGCCAACAAACUGGAGUUAAACUUAUAACGUAUGGAACAGUUAUGGGUGGUCUUUUAUCAGAGCAGUUCCUUGAUACCAACUUAUCCAUUCCGUUUGUUGGUCCUUCACUUAAUACUCCCUCCCUACAAAAGUACAAAAGGAUGGUUGAUGCAUGGGGAGGAUGGAGUCUAUUCCAAGUAUUGCUUCAAGUGCUGAACAAAAUAGCUAGGAAGCACCGUGUGUCCAUUUCAACUGUUGCUGUUAAAUACUAUAGGAAAUACAUAAUUUAUAUUAUUAUUUAAUCUAUUUUCCAUAACUGAUUUCUGUUAUUAGUUGGUUAGGGUCUUUGUAUAUAUUCCCUAGUCUACUUGCUUCUCAAGGAAUGAAUUCUGUUUUCAUUCAUUUACUACAUUCUGAAUAUAAUUCUCUUCUUCUCUCUCUGAUAUUCUGCUCAAA